AUGGCACACCAUUUGUCUAGUGUGGCCUGGGGACCUAACAGGCUUGAUAUCUUUGGUAUUGGUACCGACAACGCCUGCUACCACAAAUGGUGGAACGGUUCGAGCUGGGGUGGAUGGGAAUCACUUGGUGGAAAGUUUAGCAGUUCCAUUGAUGCUGUUAGCUGGGGGCCUAACAGAAUUGACCUUUUUGGUCUUGGCAUCGACAACAUCUGCUAUCACAAAUGGUGGGAUGGGUCUGGCUGGCACGGCUGGGAGUCCCUCGAAGGGGUUCUUACCAGCAGUAUUCGUGCAGUGAGCUGGGGUCCCGAUCGCCUAGAUCUUAUUGCUCGGGGCACCGAUAAUGUGUGUUACCACAAGUGGUGGAAUGGUUCAAGCUGGGGCGGAUGGGAGUCACUAGGUGGUGUGCUGAACAGUGGCAUUGAGGCCGUUAGCUGGGGACCUAACCGUCUUGAUCUGUUUGCGUUGGGUACCGACAACGCUGUCUGGCAUAAGUGGUGGGAUGGAAACAGCUGGGGUGGAUGGGAGAGCCUUGGUGGUGUCGCAACCAGCCCUGUCUCGGCAGUUUCCUGGGGUUCAAACCGCAUUGACUUCUUUGUCAAAGGUACCGACAAUGCCCUCUGGCACAAAUGGUGGGACGGCAGAACGUGGGGUUCCUGGGAGUCCUUAGGUGGAACCCUGUCUAGCGAUGUCAAAGUUACUAGCUGGGGCGAUCACCAUCUGGAUAUAUUCGUGCGCGGGACAAACAAUUCCUGCUGGCAUAUCUGGUAUAAUAGCAAAUGGGGCAAAUGGGAACAAAUCGGCGACAAUACCUUGUUCAGUGCAGUUUCUGCUGUCUGUUGGGGACCUGGCCGCAUAGACCUUUUUGCAGUUGGAACGGAUAAAAAUGCCGGUUUGCAUCAGGCAUGGGACGGUAAAACUUGGAGCAAGUGGGAAUCCCUUGGAGGAGUCUUGCUCAGUCAACUUCGGAAUUAUUAA